UUGGGCAGCCUUCAAGUCGACGCUCGCACGUCGUUCUGAUUCGCUUCAUUCCGUGGCCAUCUCGUUCGCGUUGGACGCCCGCUAGUCUAGCACCGCUGCUCGAGCUUCCACGCGUACCCGCUCUCUCAAACCACGUGGCUCCUUAUAGAUUGGCUCGUAGCUCGCGCGAAACCAAUCCUAGCCGCGCGAUAUAAACUGACUCGCGGACAAGCCGAAAUCAAGGUAGUGUCAGCACGAAGAGCGUGAGCCAAGUAGAUUCGCAAUGGUAACCAGCGGUCCCGACUCGAAGAGGGUCCACUCGCUCGCCGCCAGGGUCACCAAGUAGCCUGGGGACUCCCGCUCUCGCGGAGCACUUUCCGCUCCGCUCCCGCUCGCGGCCCGCUUCGCCACUUCUACGACGUUCUUGUGCAGCCCACGCCGCGCCGUACUCGGCCAGGAGAACACUUCCGAGUCGCCGUGGCACUUGUAGGUAGGAGGUGCGCAGCCUCCUUGAAAUCUCCGCGCUUACGACGCCAUGUAUCGUCGCGGCUCGGCAUUCCUAGCAAUCGCGCAGCGAUUAGCAGUCUUGCUGCUGAUCGCCGCGGCGCCGCUCCCCGCCCUUUGCGGCCGGCGGAGAAUGCAAGACGCAUCCGUUAAAAUCACAACCUCGAUUUCCGCGUCGGGCGGCGCGGCGACCUCCGCGCAGGCGACAGCUGGCAGCGCGGGAUUGGACCUCGCGGCGCUGGGCGUGGACACGAAGACGCGGCUGGAGAUUAAAGCCCUCGCGGCGCAGCUGAGCCUCGUCGACUUAAGCGGCAUCGGCCUGCCGCCCGUCGCGGCGGCGUUCUUAAAUAAGGACGCGUUCGCGAAAGCGGCGCGCGCGUGGAUCGCGAAGGUCAAGCGGCGCGUGGCGGCGGUGCGGGAGAAGAUCCGGCGGGGGGGAAGCGGCAAGGGGAAGGGGAAGGGGGCGAGCGCGGGGAACAGCGUGCAGGCCAACAAGUCUACUGCUGUUGACCCCAGCCUGGGUCUCGCUCCCCCUGCUCGCUUCAUCCCAGCCAGUCUCCCCAACCUCAACACGGUGUCGCGCUACCUCACCAUGGGGCUCACCGUCGACCCUGUCACGAAGCAACUGUCCUGGAACUUUGAGCGGAGCAUUGACCACCGAACCAAGUUCUUGCCAGGGGACGAGUUUGACCAGGGCAACUGCGGCUCCUGCUGGGCCUACGCAGUGGCGAGGGCGAUUCAGGGCGCCUAUAUGACCUUCGCCUCCUCCACCUACCCCGAGGGCGCCGCCCUGUCGGUGCAGCAGCUGGUGGACUGCACUGGCGCUGCUGCCACGUGCAGAGGCGGGUACCCUGAGAACGCGUUGCAGUACGCGGUUAAGAACGGGCUUCAGUUCGAAGACAGCUACACGUACACUGGGGUCAAUGGGAAGUGCAGCGUCAAGAAAGAGAUGGACAAGUGGCCCAUCACGCUGUACGAGCAGGUGCCUCUACCGGGGCCUCUGGGGCUCAUCCUGGCGCUGCAGAAGCAGCCUGUUAUAGUCACCAUCCGCGCCUCCUCUGAAGAUUUCAUCUCCUACUCGGGAGGCAUUUUCCAGGGCUACGGGUGCUACAGCCCGGUGGGGUCGAUCAACGGGCUGUCGAGCGGCGAGCCCGGGGCAACGCCCGUGGCGACCAACAACACGGCUAUUCUCGACCAUGUGAUGCUGGCCGUGGGGUACAACUACGACUCCCCUGGGAGCUACCUGAACUACUUUGUCCUCAAGAACAGCUGGGGGCCCAACUGGGGCGAGGGCGGGUACAUGCGCAUUCGCAUGGAGAACGCUCCUUUCGGCACGUGCGGCAUGCUGGUGAACCGGGGCCUGUACCCUGUUGUCCCAGUCCCUGCGGGCACCGACCCCUGCACCACAUCCCCCUGUGGGGCGGGCGUGUGCCUGCAGGUCGAGGCCGGGACCAGCAGCUACAGGUGCCAGUGCCCCGACCCGCUGGUGAACACUACCAACCGCGAUGGCACGCCCACAUGCACGCUGGUGGACAUCUGCGGCGUGCUCCCCGUCAACCCCUGCGGCGUGGGCAAGUGCAUCAACAGCGGCGACGGCGGCUACUCCUGCCUCUGCCCUCCCAACUUCAAGCCCAGCAAGCUGGCAUCGGGACAAACCACCUGUGUUCCAGAGCUAUCAGGCAACACAGCAUCAGCAGUGCAGGGCACGUACACGGUGAAGGGAGGGGAGACCUGUAGCUCCAUUUACGCCUUCAUCGGCCUCACUCAGGAGCAGUUUUUGCAACAGAACAAGGGCAUGGACUGUGAGAAUCUCAAGCAGGGCCAGGUGCUCAACAUCUCCAUCCCUGCGUCUGCGCAAGUGUGCCGCGUGCGAUACACCAUAACAAUGUCGGACGCCGCCUCCCAGAGCUGUGACGCCAUCAAUUCUCGCUUCGGCGUCGAGGUCACGACCAUCAACGCCAACCUCGACUGCUCGCAGCUCGUGCCGGGCCAGCAGAUUUGCAUCCAGGUGGGAGACGCAGUGUCAGGCGUGGAGGACUACAACCUGUGCACCAACUACCAGGCAGUGGGCGAGUUUAUCAGCUGCGAGAACAUCGUUCAGUGGUGGGGCGUCUCGUGGCUGGACCUCUACCGCCUCAACCCGGGUGUCAACUGCGAUGCUCUCAGCUCUCUUACCAACUCGGAGAUCUGCACGCAGGGCACGCCUCUAGGAGCAGUGGCGUGCGGCAAGGUGCGGUCGAAGACCAUCACGAACCGCAAGUACACAGUGGCGGGGGGCGACAGCUGCGCGUCGCUCGUGGUUGCGCAGUUCAAGCGCCAGCCCCCGCUGGUGCAGCAGCUCAACCGCGGGUGGGUGUGCCGCUCGCAGAGCCUCUUCGAGGGCAUGCCCAUCUGCAUCCCUGCCUAGGCCUACAGCAUUAAGGUGCUGCUUAGGUCCACAGCAUUAAGGUGCUUGCGGCGUGUUGUUGAGGAUCCUCGGAAGGUUCCUUCACAAGCCUCGAAGCAUGCAAUUUCAGAUGCCACUCGAAGCUCUCUGGACUGGACAUCCUCUUGAGCGGCGCCAACAGCCGCAGAACACGGUGUUCCGUGUAUAGCAGAUGUGGUAUGUAUUUGCGUGUAUCAAUAUGUAAUAUGCAUACGUGGGCCAUGCCCUUCAUGGUGUACAAUUUGUCAACUCAGGUGUGCCCCCGGCCCCCCACGGUUCGGCAAUAGCGGUUUGAGUUUGUUCAGGUGUGCAACAUGUAUAAGUAUUAUUUUACA